AUGAAGCUGUCCGCAGCUUUUCUUUCUUGCGUUCUAGCGCAAGACGGUCCUUUUAUCGAUUGUGCUCCAGAAGGCUCUCUGGACAAACUCGGUCUUACUGCCAAAGAUCACGAAAACCUCUGCAGAGAGCGAAAAUGCACAUGGACCGCGAAUCCGGCAGAAACGAAGUUUCCAAAAUGCACCUACCCUGCUGACUACAAGCAUUACACAAUGGGCAAGCAAAUGACUUCAAAUGGCUCAAAUGACAAGUCGGAAAGAUACAGUCUUUCUCUUCAUAAAGACGCCCAGAAAAAUCGAUUUGAGGGUAAAGAAUUUGCUGAACCGGCCAUUGAAAAGCUUCAGCUUAUCAUCGAAAAAUACGAAACUUAUGUCCGAAUCCGCAUCACUGACGAAAACGACACCCGUUUCGAGCCCCCAGCUGUUCUUGAUUCCCCCGAAGAAAUGGUCGAUUCUAGCGAAAACUACGACGUCACUGUUUCGAAGGAAAACGAGCCAUUUUCCAUUUCCGUGACUCGAAAGGACGGAACGGAUCUCUUCAACACCGCCGAUGGCCCGUUGAUCUACUACGAUCAGUUCCUCCAGAUCACCACUCGCCGGGCAAACAACAUUUACGGCUUUGGCGAAACUAUGCACAGCAAGAUCCAGAAUGAUAUCGAUUACGUAACCCAAGGAGUUUGGGCGCGAGAUGAAAGCGUCGAGUUCGACAGAAAUCUCUACGGGCAUCAACCUUAUUCUCUCGCUCUCGAGGACACCGGACUCGCCAGCGGCUUGCUGUUCUUCAACGCUCAUCCGAUGGACGUCGCCAAGACCCCAGAAGCCACUCUGACCUUCCGAGCUAUCGGUGGGCAAUUGGACUUUUUCGUCUUUUCCGGCCCUAGCCCCGAAGAUGUCACGAGGCAAUACACAAGUGUCAUCGGACGAUCCUACCUCUUCCCUUACUGGUCGCUCGGAUUCCAACUUUGCCGAUGGGGAUACCAGAACACUCAGGAAGUCAUCGAUCUCGUUGAGCGAAAUCAACAGCUCGGAAUUCCUCAGGAUAUUCAAUACGUCGACAUUGACUACAUGGAUCGCCAGCUGGAUUUUACCCUCGACAUGACAAAUUAUCCCGAUCUUCCGGAUUUCAUGACCAAAACUCAGACCGAAAGCAACAUGCGAUGGAUCCUCAUCAUCGAUCCAGCCAUCUCGGCUGAAGAAAAAGGCGAACUUGCGUGGCAAGACGAGGGCAAAGACUAUCCAACCUACACAAGAGGAGUUGAACAAAACGCUUUCAUCAAGUAUGGAAAGGAAGAUGGCCACAAUGAAGAAAUUCUCCUCGGCAAGGUUUGGCCAUUUUUGCCAGGACAGUACCCCGAUCGAUCGAACGUCGUUGAAGGAGACGAUUGGAUUUUCGAACUUCAGUACAACCAUUCUGCCACAGCUUUUCCCGACUUUUUCCGAGAAUCCGCCCAAAAGUGGUGGUCGGAUGAAAUCGUCCGAUUCCGGGAAGGAUUCGAGGGCGCUCCAAACGGCCUUUCUUUCGAUGGAAUCUGGAUCGACAUGAAUGAACCAACCAAUUUCGACGCUGGAGAGCCGGGACCAGAUGGCGAGAACCAGUGGGAAGAAGGCUGCGCAAAGAACAAAUGGAAUUUCCCACCCUACGUGCCGGUUUCUAUCGAAGAAGCUCGAAACGACAAAGAUGCCAACAUUCUAUUCCAGAAAACCAUCUGCAUGGAUGGCCUUCAAACCAAUCCAAAAACUGGCAACGACAAGGAGUUGCACUUCAAUUUGCACAGUCUUUAUGGCUAUUCCGAAGGACAACCAACCCUUGACGCGUGCGAACUCGCCACAGGAGAGCGAUGCAUGGUCGUUUCUCGAUCCACCUUCCCAGGAGCCCAGCGAACAGUCGGCCACUGGCUUGGCGACAAUAAAUCUCAAUGGGAUCAUAUCAAGGGUCAAAUGAUCGGCUCGAUGGACUUUUCACUUUACGGCUUUUCCUACACGGGACCUGACAUUUGCGGCUUCUUCAAUAAUGCGACUGAGCAACUUUGCUCAAGAUGGACUCAAUUGGGCGCGUUUUUCCCAUACUCAAGAAAUCACAAUGGUAAUUACAACCGACAACAAGACCCGGCCGUUUGGGGCGAGGAAUUCGCCGCAAUGACCCGAGACAUCCUUCAGCAUCGAUACCGCCUGCUUCCUUAUUUGUAUACUCUUAUGUACCGAGCUUCCGUCUUCGGCGAUACUGUCAUCCGGCCCCUGUUUGCGAACUGGCCAGAGGACAAGACAACGCAUACUAUCGAUGAACAGAUGAUGUGGGCCGAUGGAAUUUUGAUCUCGCCCGUUUUGACUGAAGAUACAACCACUGUGGAUGCUUAUUUCCCCGAAGACCGCUGGUUCGACUACUACACUGGAAACGAGGUCGAAACCGGCAACCAAAAACUCGACGCCCCACUCGACUUCAUCCCCAUUCAUCUCCGAGGAGGCAAGAUCAUCCCCACUCAGCAUCCACUCGAUGCGCUCACGACGAUGGAUUCGCGAAUGAACCCGCUUGGCCUGAUCGUUUCUUUGGACAAGGAGUUCUCUGCUUCGGGCGAGCUUUACUGGGACCAGGGAACAAAUAUUGACCCGAUCGGAACGGAGCAGUACAGUCUCAUUACCUUCUCCUUCGCUGACAACACCCUGACAUCCACUGUUGAAAAAUCUGCAAUCAAGGAAGAAACCCACAAAAACUCUGGCGAAACCAUCACGCUCCAGUUUGAGUCGCUCGAAAUCAACGGCCUUGAAGAAAGCAUCAGUGGAAUCUCGAUCGACUACAAUGGUGCCAUUGCUGGCAUUGACUCCAUGUCCUGGAGACAAGAAACCAACGGACGAUUGAUUGUUUCCGCCGAACUGGAACUUCCAAUGACUGAAGAGUUCAAAAUUAUCUUCACUCCCGGAGAGAAUCCAGAAUGGCCAGACUCGACUGAAUCCCCAGUAACGACCGGAUCGCCAGAACCGACUGAAUCACCAGAAGUGACCACUACUUCUAGCGCUGCUGCUAUUUCUGCUUGUUUCUUGACUUUUGUACUCGCCCUUUUCAAUCACUGA